UGUCUUUCCCACAAAGUUAUUCCUCUCUCCUACAGCGUCCAUCACAAUUACAUGCACAUUGUCAAUUAUGCAAAUUAGGCGAUAACGUCAUUUAGCGACUUCUAGCGAGUUUUAGGACCGCUAAUAGCUGAGGAGUUGGCAAUCCCAAGGAUCCAGGAAUGCACGGACGGUGUUAGUGGGGGAACAGGAAGUUCCAGGCAGGCGCCCACCAUUAUUCAGUAUAAAGAAAGCACCAGAACGAUGCAGUCAAGAAGAUAAGCUAAGUGUCCUUUUCUAUUUAUUACUACAGGCCGACUCAGAUGAAGUCUGAGGCUGGUAACAUCAACAGUGAGGACAAACCCAGCCUGCCUCUCUCCUUCUACACUGAGUUCAAACCUACAGUCACUGGGUCCUGAUUGUGACAGUGGAGCCCAGUUUGCACUGCAGGAUCCAGAGAUGGCAUCAGUGAAGCUGGAAGACUGCAGUCAAACACUGGAGCUGAAUGUCAACAUUAAAGAUGAAGAAGAGGAGGAGACGAUUGGGAAAUCUGUUAGUCAUGGCCGACUCAGAUCAAGUCUGAGGCCGGUAAUAUCAGCAGUGAGGACAGACGCAGCCUGCCUCUCUCCUUCCACACUGAGUCCAAACCUACAGUCACGGGGUCCUGGUUGUGACAGUGGAGCCCAGUUUGCACUGCAGGAUCCAGAGAUGACAUCAGUGAAGCUGGAAGACUGCAGUCAAACACUGGAGCUGAAUGCCAACAUUAAAGAUGAAGUGGAGGAGAAGAUUGGGACAUCUGUUUCUCAUGGAGACCAUGUUGAGACAUUCUCUACAUCUAUAGAGCAACAGCAGGAAGAUCACAGAGCUAAGAGGUCUCACCGCUGCCCACAUUGUGAGGAGAUUUUCCCAAUUCUAUCAAAGCUAAAAAUACACCUAAGAAUACACAAAGGAGGGAAUCUGUAUUUCUGCACUGACUGUGGGAAGAAUUUCACAACAUCAAAGGCUAUGACAGUUCAUCAGAGAGUACACACAGGAGAGAAGCCUUACUUCUGCUCUGACUGUGGAAAGAGUUUCUCUCGACGGGGCGACCUAAAAACACAUGAACGUAUACAUACAGGAGAGAAGCCUUACUCCUGCUCUAAUUGUGUAAAAUGCUUCACCACAUCAGGUGAGCUAAAAAUUCACCAGAGAACACACACAGGAGAGAAGCCAUACUCCUGCUCUGACUGUAGGGCGAGGUUCUCUCAACUGAGCCACCUAAAACAGCAUGAACGUAUACACACAGGAAAGAAGCCGUACUCCUGCUCUGACUGCGUAAAAUGCUUCACAACAUCAUCUGAACUAAAAGUUCAUCAGAGAACACACACAGGAGAGAAGCCUUACUUUUGCUCUGACUGUAGGGCGAGUUUCUCUCAACUGGGAAACUUAAAACAACAUGAACGUGUACACACAGGCGAGAAGCCUUACUCCUGCUCUGAUUGUGGAAAGAGUUUUUCUCGGCGGGGCCACUUUAAAACACAUGAGCAUAUACAUACAGGAGAUAAGCCUUACUCCUGCUCUGAUUGUGGAAAGAGUUUCUCUCGACUGGGCGAUCUAAAAAUACAUGAACGUAUACAUACAGGAGAGAAACCUUACUCCUGCUUUAAUUGUAUAAAAUGCUUCACAACAUCAGGUGAGCUAAAAGUUCACCAGAGAACACACACAGGAGAGAAGCCAUACUCCUGCUCUGAUUGUAGGGCGAGUUUCUCUCAACUGAGCCACCUAAAACAGCAUGAACGUAUACACACAGGAGAGAAGCCUUACUCCUGCUCUGACUGUAGGAAGAGUUUCUCUCAAUCGAGCCACCUGAAACAGCAUGAACGUAUACACACAGGAGAGAAAUCUUACUCCUGCUCUGACUGUGGAAAAUGCUUCACAACAUCAUCUGAGCUUAAAGUUCAUCAGAGAACACACACAGGAGAGAAGCCUUACUUUUGCUCUGACUGUGGGGCGAGGUUCUCUCAACUGGGAAACUUAAAACAACAUGAACGUAUACACACAGGAGAGAAGCCUUACUCCUGCUCUGACUGUGGGGCGAGUUUCUCUCAACCGUGCAACCUAAAAAAUCAUAAACGUAUACACACAGGAGAGAAGCCUUACUCCUGCUCUGACUGUAGAAAGAGUUUCUCUCAACUGGGCCACUUAAAAAGACACCAAGGUAUACAUAAAGGAGAGUAGCCUUACUACUGCAAUGACAGUUUCCACAGUUUUAAAUCAUCAGCUGAGCUAAACGAUCUUCAAAGAAUAUACAUGGGAGAGUGGCCUUUCUUCUGCUCUUACUGUAGCAAGAGCUUCUCCCGUUGGGCAAUGUAAAAACACACCAACGGCUACAUACUUGAGAGAAGUUCUCUCAGACCAGCUGAGAUUAGUCACUCCACUUAAUUCUUCUCAUAAAAUAAUUUGCAAUGUUGAAUUGGAUCAAAUGAAGAAUGUAUAGAACACUUUUAGUCUUAUUGUUUCUCACUGUGAAAGAACAAUGCAGAGAACAGGGAGCGUUAUGGAAUGAUCAGUGAGCAUCUUGUCAAUUUUGCAAUUUUGCUGACAGUUGUGAAUCUGAUGCAGCCGAAGAGCUACUGCCCCUUUACCUGGGAAAGCACCGAACAACAGACCGGGAUGUUGGACCAUCGAAGGGGUGCAAAUAUGAUGAGACCUACAUUGAUUUGGGGUUCACAUUAUAUUGGGAAUAGUGCCUUUCCUCGGCCAAAGUGUGUUUAUAGCUCACAACUGAAACCUUCACUCUUGCGCAGACAUUUAGAAAAAAGCAUGCCAAAUUGAAAAAUAAGCCACAGGAGUUUUUUCAGCGAGAGUUGAGAUGACUUUCGAGUAGUAAGACACCUAUUAAAGCAACAGAUACCAUUAAUAAGAAGGGGCUAGAAGCGUCUUAUACGGUGAGCUACCGAGUGGCUAGGACAGGCAAGCACCAUACUAUUGUGGAGGACUUCAUUCUUCCUGCUUCCGUGGAUAUGGCUGGAGGAAAGGCCCAAAAAAACUAUACCGCAUCGGUGACGUGGCAAGAGAUGUUUUGAUGCCUCCCGGGUGGCGCAGUGGUUAAGGGCGCUGUACUGCAGCGCCAGCUGUGCCAUCAGAGUCCCGGGGUUCGCGCCCAGGCUCUGUCGUGACCGAGAGGUCCGUGGGGCGACGCACAAUUGGCCGAGCGUCGUCCGGGUUAGGGAGGGCUUGGUCGGUAGGGAUGUCCUUGUCUCAUCGCGCACCAGUGACUCCUGUGGCGGGCCGGGCGCAGUGUGCGCUAACCAGGCUUGCCAGGUGCACGGUGUACCCUCCGACACAUUGGUGCGGCUGGCUUCCGGGUUGGAUGCGCUCUGUGUUAAGAAGCAGUACGGCUGGUUGGGUUGUGUGUCGGAGGACGCAUGACUUUCAACCUUCGUCUCUCCCGAGCCCGUACGGGAGUUGUAGCGAUGAGACAAAAUAGUAGCUACUACAACAAUUGGGGAGAAAAAGGGGUGUAAAAAAAAGAUGUUUUGACACAAUUACUGCUUCGUAUAUACUAAUUAAGGAAGACAUCCUCUUCUGCAAACUACUGGAAACCAGGACAACAGGAUACCUUUUUAAAGUACUGGACAGCUUUGUGACAUCAAAUGGACGUUGGUGGUCAAGAUGUGUUGGUAUCUGUACUGAUGGCGCGAAAGCCAUGACAUGGAGACAUAGUGGAGUGGUAACGCUGGUGCAAGCAGUUGCUCCCGACGCUACUUUGGUACACUGCAGCAUCCACCAAGAGGCUCUUGCUACCAAGGGAAUGCCUGACAGCUUGAAAGAUGUUUUGGACACUACAGUGAAAAUGAUUCACUUUGUUAAAGCAAGGCCCCUGAACUCUCGUGCAUUUUCUGCACUAUGCAAUGAUAUGGGCAGCGACCAUGUAACGCUUUUACAACAUACAGAAGUGCGCUGGUCAUCAAGGGGCAAAGUAUUGACACGUUUUUUAAAAUUGAGAGACAUACUUAGUUUUUUUUUUUACUGACCAUAAUUUUCACUUGUCUGACUGCUUGCAUGAUCAGUUCCUCACAUGGCUGGCCUCUCUGGGUGAUGUUUUUCUCACCUGAAUGAUCUGAAUCUAGGAUUACAGGGACUCUGCAGCUAUAUUCAAUGUGCUGGACAAAAUUGAGGCUAUGAUUAAGAAGUUGGAACUCUUCCCUGUCUGCAUUAACAAGGACAACACACAGGUCUUUCCAUCAUUGUAUGAUAUUUUUUUGUGUGUGAAAAUGACCCUACGCUUAUUGACAAUGUCAGAUGUGAUCUUGCGAAGCAUCUGAGUGAGUUGGGUGCGCAAUUACACAGAUACUUUCGCAAAACGGAUGACACAAACAGCUGGAUUCGUUAUCCCUUCUAUGCCCCGCCUCCAGUCCACUUACCGAUAUCUGAUCAAGAGAGCCUCAUCAAAAUUACAAAAAGCGGAUCUGUGGAAAUGGAAUUUAAUCAGAAGCCACUGCCAGAUUUCUGGAUUUGGAUGCGCUCAGAGUAUCCUGCCUUGGCAAAUUGCGCUGUAAAGAUACUGAUGCCCUUUGCGACCACAUACUUAUGUGAGAGUGAAUUCUCGGCCCUCACUAGCAUAAAAACUAAAUACAGGUACAGACUGUGUGUGGAAAAUGAUUUAAGACGGAGACUCUCCAAUACAAACCAACAUUGCUAUGUGCAUCCUCUCAAGCACAACCUUCUCAUUAACCUGUGGUGAGUUAUUCAAAAAUGUCAAUUAACAAGUAAGGUUUAAUAUGUAAAAUGGUUAAAUAAAGAACGAAAUGUAUUAUUAUUUGUGCCCUGGUCCAAUAAGAGCUCUUUGUCACUUCCAACACGCCGGGUUGUGACGACAACUCACACUAAUUUCUUAUGUUUAAUAAAUGUAUCCUAUUGUGUGUGUGGCUUAUAAUAUUUGAGUGUGCUGACCCUGGUGCUAGAGGGGGUACGCAGCUCGAGGUUGAAUGUUUGAUCCACUGGUCAUUUUGUGAUCCACUGGUCUAGAUAAUCCCAGUUCCUGUUGUGUCAUGCUGAUGGGAAGACUAGGGUAUGGAGAAAACCAUGAGUACAUGCAUCCAUGCCAUGUGUCAGCAUUGCAGGCUGGUGGUGUGAUGGUUGGGGUGUGUUUUCAGGGCACACAUUGGGCCCCUUGAUAAAAGUGGAGCAACAUUUGAAUGCCACAGGAUAUCUAAACAUCAUUGUCAAUCAGGUGCCUCCCUUCAUGGCAGCAGUGUAUCCAUCUGCAAAUAGAUUUUUCAGCAGUAUUAUGCCCCAAGGCUUGUCCAGGGACGCUUCCACGAACAUAAGUGAAUUCAGCUUACUGCAGUAGCCUGCCGUGUCACCAGAUCUCGAUCCAAUUGAACAUCUGUGGGGAGAGAUAUUCACUCCCAGCCAACUUGGCACAACUGUGGGAAGCAUUGGAGUCAUCAUGGCCCAGCAUCCCUGUGGGUUUCUUUCCACAUCAUGUAGAGUCCAUGGCCUGACGAAUUGAGGCUGUUCUGAGGACAAAAGGAAUUGCAACUCAAUAUUAGGAAGAUGUUCCUAAUGUUUUGUACACUCAGUGCAAAAGGAAAGUAUUCAGACCCCUGGACUUUUUCCACAUUUUGUAAUGUUACAGCCUUAUCAUAAAAUUGAUUACAUUUUUAAAAAUGUCCUCAAUCUACACACAAUAGCCCAUAAUGACAAAUUGAAAACAUGUUUUUUGGCAAAUAAUAAAUAAGUAUUCAUACCAUUUGCUAUGAGACUCAAAAUUGUUCUCAGGUGCAUCCUGUUUCAAUCUAAUAUCCUUGUGAUGUUUCAACAACUUGAUUGGAGUCCACUUGGUAAAUUCAAUUAAAAAAACAGGCACACACCAGUCUAUAUAAGGUCCCACAGUUGACAGUGCAUGUCAGAGCAUAGUGAAGCAUGGUGGUGACAGCAUCAUGCUGUGGGUAUGUUUUUCAACGGCAGGAACUGGGAGACUAGUCAGGAUCGAGGAAAUGAGCAAAGUACAGAGAGAUUCUUGAUGAGAACCUGCUACCGAGUGCUCAGGACCUGUUGACUAACUGUUGAAGUUAAUUGAUAUAAUGUUUGUACAAUAAUUUGUUCUGGGCAACAUCUUCUCUUGUGUAUAGUUUUAAAUGAAACAAACUGUUUUAAAUGAUAUGGUGUCUAUAUAUGAACCAAAUUUGAUCCCAUUCACAUUCUCACAAACAAAUGGCCCACUGUGUAUAUAUAAUUGUUGAUAUCCGAUGGUCAUUCUUAUGGUGGGUUGCAAGAUGCAGGAUCCUUCCAAGUUGAACCCACCAGAUGGGGACUGUCAUGACGGUCCUGUGAGGAUCAGAUUACAGUGGAUCCC